AUGCCAGCUGCAACAUACCCAGCCAAGCGUUCUGCUCCCUGGCUGAACCUGAGCUACUGCUUGCUCUCCGACCAUCUCCUCCACCUCAUCCACUUCAACGUGCUCCGGGGCCUCUCUUACAACAAAAAGUUUCUCCAACCAUGCGCCUUCUCUAAGUGCAGCAGCACGCCAUCAAUCACUCUGAAACGCAUCCUGCCGCAUAUUCCAGAUGAAAGCAUCCUCAGGGCUCUGCGGCUCCCCGAAAACUUGACUCCCACAAGCCUGCAGCUCUCAUGCCGCCACUCCAGCUGGAUUGACGUGUUUCCCUUUCCGGAGAUGAGAGACAAUCUGAUUCGGUACGAGGACUACUUUAGUCAUGCGGAGUUUCUGACAGACGUGCUGGGGAAUCUAAUUAGCUGCAUGGACAGUUCGUGUGACUCGCCUGCCAGGAUGGCAAACGCGCUGCCGGGAUCCAAGGAUCAUGACGAUGCUCCUGACCGCAGGGGGCUGAUCUUGUGGGGGGAGCCGUACCAGCGGGAGAGCUGGGAGGUGACUCCGGGGUUUCUUAGAAAGUGGUGGUGGGUGGUGAAGGGAUGUGGUGGGUUGAUUGAUUCGACUAAUAGAUGGAGGACGGUGAGGGGGGAGAGACCAUUGCGGAUGGCUAUACUGUCACAGUAG